GGCCAAUUGCCAUCUAUCGUCUCAGUCGCACAACUGCUAUGUCGAAAAACUGUGGCUGGUAAACACAGCUUUUCGUCGAUUUUUAGUAAAAAAAAAUUGUCAACCAUAAAAAGAGUCAUUAGAUUUCAAAAGCGGUCAAAUAUUAUUAGUCGUAGUAUUAGAAUCUCAAUCUGUUAUCGCAAAAUGCCUGCGGUGCGAAAAUAUCGACGCGAAACAAGUGAAAUCAGUUGCUGCCUCAAAUACUUGCUCUUCACCAGCAAUGUACUCAUCUGGAUGGCAGCGCUUCUUGUCCUCGCUAUUGGCAUUUGGGCCUGGACCGAGAAGGAUAUGUUCCGCAACAUUAGCAAACUAACAUUCAUUGCUUUGGAUCCCGCCUUCGUACUCAUCAUAUUGGGCACCAUCACAUUUAUGCUCGGCUUUAUGGGCAGUGUGGGAGCGUUGCGUGAAAAUACUUGUCUUCUGGGAGCUUAUGCCAUAUUUUUGAGCGUGCUGCUGCUCAGCGAAAUUGGCUUCUGUGGCCUGGCAUUUGUGCUCAAGGACAAAGGCUGGAUUAAAGAUCAGGCCACGGAGGGAUUGCGCGCCUUUAUCAAACAUUAUCGCGAGGAUCCCGAUCAACAGAACUUAAUUGAUUGGAUUCAAGAGGAUUGGCUGCAAUGCUGUGGCAUUGAUGGACCCAAGGACUGGGAUAGCAACAACUAUUUUAAUUGUUCGUCCAUUGCUAUUGGCAGUCGAGAGGCCUGCGGUGUCCCCUUCUCCUGCUGUCGCCGUCGACCGCAGGAGGUGAUUAAGAACAAGCAAUGUGGUUACGAUGUACGCAAGGAAGGCUACCCUGUGGAUAGGAAUAUUCAUGAGCGUGGAUGUUUGCGCGCUGGCGAGGAUUGGCUAGAGACGCAUUUAAUAGGCGUCGCAGCCUCGUGUGUUGCCCUGCUCAUUAUGCAGAAUGGAGAGCUAUCAAAGAUCAUUUAUGAAAAAGGCUGCGUUCAGGCUGGCGAAGAGUGGAUCGAGCAUAAUUUAAUUAUAAUUUCAACGGCCGCCAUUGGUGUUAUGUUUUUCCAGAUCCUCGGCAUUUGCUUUGCGCAGAAUUUACGUGCCGAUAUCUAUACGCAAAAAUCGAAAUGGCACUGACAAAUGGCUCACGCUGCCCCCACAGCACUUUAGAAAGAGUUAUUAAGGUAAUUAGAGAUUUAACGCGCUGGAGAAUUGAGAUAAGGUAAGAAGAACACCAGCAACAAUAGGACAACAACUAGAACAACUAUAACAAUGGAUCUACGCUUCGGUUAGUACACUAUACACUAUAUACUAUACACUAUAAAUACCUAAACUAAAUGUGUGUCUACUAAGAGAAAAAACAAACGAAAUAACGCAUUCCGUCUCCAUGGACAUUGACUAAAAACUAUUAACUAGGUUGCCAAAUUUUUUUGCUGUUUUACGUAGGCUUCUCUUUAAAUCUAAAACAAAAUCAAACAAAGACGAGGAAAAAAGAAAACGACAAUUUGCAUACAUUUUCUAUACAUUUUUACACAACGUGAAAACAGAAUGAUGGAGAAAAAAAUAACAAAAAAAAAAGAGGAUAAAAUUACUCGAAAUGCAGCUGUGAUAUAUUUUUAAUGAAUGUAUAGAAAAGAGACAACCCAAAAUGCAUAUGCAAAUAAAUUUUCACACACAAUAAAUAAAAGUAAAUUUAAAGAAAAACAAAAUCAACAAAAGCAACUGACUUCGGGUUACCGAAGAUUUAAUAUCCUUGCAGUUCUUUAAAUUUUAUCUACUGACUACUUGAGUGAAAUAAUAUAAUAACCGGUUAAUUUUGAAUUUUUCAUUCGUCUUUUAAUUAAUGACCUGACUAGAAUUCAAUAUGGGACAUUAUAUUUUGGCAAUGUUAUUCAUUACUUCAGAGGUAAAAGAGAAAAAUCAAAUGCUCAAUUGCAAGGGUAUUAAUUUCAAAAUAAUUCUUACAAAACUCUUCCUAAUGUAAGCAGCAAAAUCUAUUACUACAAAAACCUACAACAAUUUGAUAUUAAUUGCAGUAUUUUUGUAACAAUAAUAAUUAAAAGAUGAAGGCAACAAAUAUUUUUGUGUGGGGGCACAAAAAAAAAUAUACAGAUUGUUUUUCGACGAGCUUAAAUGAAAAUGCGUGGUAUGUGAAAAGAUAUUAGCACAUACUAUAUACAUAUAUAUUUUUGCGAACUAAUUUAGUUUAUGAUUUAUAAUUUACAUUAUUUCCAAGGGGCCGCACGUCUAACCUUCGAUUAUUAUUGUAUAAUCUUAUACAUAACGACUUGCAACUAAUUACGUGAGUUGGGUACGCAAUGGGUUUUUACAAAAGACUGCUGUCGAAUUAGUCGAAAGAUAUUUGGAAUAUAAUAUUUGAAAUUAUAUCUAUAAGAGGUUCGAUGCAGCUAAUAUAAGUGCUUAGUAUAUUAUUAAAUAUGAGGUCUAUUGAAAAGGGUUGUAAAACGAUACAAAACAAAUCAAUCUAUUUGCUAUACACACACACACACACACACACACUUACUAUUACUAAGUGAAUGAACUCAGAACAAGUAGGUGAAAUAAUUACGAGUAUACGUCUGAGUUGUAAUAGAAUCAGUGAACAACUGUUAGUUUUUUCUUCCUAUGAAACACACACUGCCCAAUAAGAGAUCCUUAUUUUAAUAAUAGAUCUACUCAAAUUUCGGAGCAUUUUUAUCUAAUAAAAAACAUUUUUUGAAAUACUCCUCUUGAGAAACUCAUAAAUUGUAAAAUUCACAAUAAAAUAUAUAGAUUGAAUAUUUUGACUGCAAAAUUUACUUUGCAAGAAAUCUGAAUCUCCAUUUGCCAAUGAACAAAAACAGAAAAACAAAAAUUUAUUUACAAUUUAAGGCCAAGUGAAUUUGAUUUGUGCAAUAAAAGUGAAAACAAUGGCUGAAAAUUAAAAAAAAAAGGAAAAACGCUACCGAAUACCGAGAAAGUCAAUUGUAAACGA